GGCCGAGGUGGCGGGGCCGCCCUGUGAGGCCAAGGACGCGGGCGUUUUAGGUCUUGGUCUGGAAGUUUUGGCGAAUACUGACAGCCUCCGUGCAACGAAGGGACGCGAGCUAUGGGUCUGUUCUCAGAGCUGAAGUUGGCUGUGCCCUGGGGCCACAUUGCAGCCAAAGCCUGGGGCUCCCCCAAGGGCCGCCCGGUUCUCUGCCUGCACGGCUGGCUGGACAACGCCAACUCCUUCGACAGACUCAUCCCUCUUCUCCCCAGAGACUUGUAUUACGUUGCCAUGGACUUCAGGGGUCAUGGGCUCUCGUCCCAUUUCGGCCCAGGUCUUUGCUGUCACUUUCAAAACUUUGUGAGUGAGACCCGAAGAGUCGUGGAGGCCUUGAAGUGGAAGCGUUUCUCCAUCCUGGGCCACAGUUUUGGUGGCUUCGUGGGUGGAAUGUUUUCCUGUGUCUUUCCUGAGAUGGUGGAUGAACUUAUCAUGUUGGACUCGUUGCCGUUUGCCCUGGACACUAAUGAAGUGGACAACCUGCUGACCUACAAGCGGAAAGCGAUCGAGCACACGCUGCAGCUGGACGCGGCUGCCAAGAAGCCCCCCCGCGUGCUCAGCCUGGAGGAGACUCUGCAGAGACUCCUGAAGGCCAACACCCAACUGGGAGAGGAGUGUGGGAAAAUCCUCCUGCAGAGAGGAACCACACGAGUGGCCACAGGUGUAGUGAUGAACAGAGACCGAAGGAUGGAUUUGCUCGAGCAUUGCAUGGAAUUCGUCAGCAGAGAACGGGCUGUCCUCUUCAUCAAGAAGCUGCAGGCCCGUGUCCUCCUCAUCAAAGCACUGCAAGGAUAUUACGAUGUGAGGAGAGAGAACGACAAUAAAAAGGAGCCUGUGGUUUUCAUGGUUGACACGCUAAAAUCAGUCCUAAAAGAGCGGUUCCAGUAUGUGGAAGUCCCAGGCAAUCACUACGUGCACAUGCAGCAGCCCAACCGCGUGGCCGGUGUGGUCAGCUCCUUCUUAGAAAGCGAGGACAGGCUCCAGGCCCAGCUGGAGCCCUUGGCAUCAGCUACACAGACACCGAGUUCCCAAGGCCCCUAGCCAGGCCAGGCUUGACAAAUCAUGACCUGUAAAAGCUGGCAGAGUAG